CACAUAUCUCUCCCUCUGAGAAUUGCUAAAGCAAACGCAGUCGUCGUUCUUGGCAUGACUUUGAAUAAGCUUCAGAUUUGAACGAUCGACUCUGACAAGUUGUUAAACAAACAAGGAAAUCUCAAACUCUUUGAAAUGACCGCAGGUUCAUUCAAUUAUUUUGCAUUCGGUAGUAAUCUGUGGUCAGGAAGAAUUCGUAUGGAAAGUCCAUCGGCAAUUAGAAAAGGCGUUGGAUAUUUAGAGAAUUAUAGGCUUGAUUUCUUUCAUUAUGCCACCCGCUGGAAGGGUGCCCCAGCAACUAUUGUAAAAGCCAAAGGCCACCGUGUGUGGGGUGCUAUUUGGGAAAUCAAUUCCACGAAUUUACCUGAUCUAGAUAGACAAGAAGGUGUGCAUAAUCAGGUGUACAAACCACUAAUCCUUCCUGUUCACACCAAAGCUGGGGAAACGCUAGAAUGUCGUGUUUAUCAAUUAGUCAAAAACCCACCGAACCUUGAAGGCGAAGAAUCUGAUCGUCCAUUCGAGAGGCAGCCUUCGAAAUCAUACAUGAACGUAAUAAUUGCAGGUGCAAAAGAGACAGGGCUACCAGACCACUAUUUGAAGUUUUUAAGUACGAUAAAGCAUAAUGGGCAUUCCGGAGAUCCGAAAUACGAACUAGAUCUAACAGUUGACACCUGAAGUCUGUUAUCGCUGUGAGAUAUUUUCCAUAAACAAAGCGGCUUAAAAUUCUCUGCAAUUUGUCAUAUUGAGCAAACUAUAAAAUAUAUCUAUAAUUCUCUUUA